GUCUAAAACUCAAAAUUUUGAUGUUUUUGGUUUUGAGGUUAGGUUCGUUGUUUUGAUAUUUAAUAGUGCCGCAGCGUUGCUAUUCUUAUUGCAAGGUGCUUUACGUAAGAUUUAUUUUUAUUGUCUUGGUGGUUCGGUGCGCGAUUUCGAAAAAUUCGUUUAAAAUUGUACCACAGGAAGAAAUCUGUUUGCGUGACCUACGCAUAUCAAUUAUUUUUUGUUCCCUCUAGAGCGUGUGUGUGAUUAAAUUGGGGCUAAGUACAUAUAGAAAAAAUUAACAAAAUCGGGCACUCCUUCGUUAUUUUGCUAAUUAGCCGAAGAAGUGAUUGAAAUACAACAUACAACCUUGUGCGUUUGCGUCAGUUCGUAAAAAACACAUUGUUUUACAUUUAUUUAUUUAAGUUAUGCAAAAAGGAUCGAUUUUGUGCUAUAAAUUAUAAUCUAAUUGUCGCUUUAUGGUGCUUGGACAUGCCACGCUUUUUCAAUAUUUUAUUAUGAAUUGUGAUUCUGCAAGUUUCUUCAAUCAGAGUUUAUUUGGUGUUUUCCGGUUUUUGCAUAAUUAAUGCCUGAAAUUUUCACCACAUGCACAUUCAUGCGCACACCUUUGUAUUGUUGUUGUUAUUCACACAGCUUUGGCAACCCUCCAUAAAGCAUGGAAAAAGUAGCCACUUUUUUAGUCAAAUGUGAAGAGAACGUUUACAAGUUGUGUCAAGACGUGUCGACGAGACACUCGACUGAAUUAAAUAAAUGUUUCGUAGUUUUUGUCUCAAAUCCAAGUCGGACCGUUCCUUUGUGGAGACAACGGGCGGGGAAAGACGAGGAUAGAUUAGUUAUUUGGGACUAUCAUGUGAUUUUUUUGUAUCAUCCUGAGCCGGAAAAAUGCUUGGUUUACGAUUUAGAUUCCGAAUUACCGUUUCCCACAUACGUUCACAAAUACGUGACGGAAACGUUUCGCACGGACCACAUUUUGAAACCGGAUUAUUUUAGAUAUUUUAGAGUGAUUCCAGCGGCGGAAUUUCUGAGGGAUUUUUCGUCGGAUAGAAGGCAUAUGAAGAGGCCAGAUGGCACGUGGAUUAAGCCACCGCCUAAUUACCCCGCCAUUCAGACAGCUGAAAUGUUUUUUUCAGCAACUGCUCACAAUCUGGAGGACUACAUCCAAAUGGACUUGAGCAAGGGCCCCGGUCAGGUCCUGAAUUUGACCCAAUUCGUGCAACGCUUUUAUAAGCCUGCAACAUAGUUAUUCUAAGACGAAAGAGUGAACAAACUAAGUCAAUUUUGAUUUGUGCUCUUAACUAUAAUAAGAGAGCAUAAUCUAAUAAAUGUCUGUCAUCGAAAAUCUUUUCUCUGUCUUGGUAUAUAUUUCUCUCAAACUUUUACUCUAUAUCCUCUUGAAUGUUGAUUGGGAUUUUGAUGUCUUGUUACGGAUUUUUAAGCGAUUGAAGUACUGAUUUUUUAGCUUGAUGUGCUCAUUUUAAUCUUGCCAUCCACAUGUUUCUUAUGCUUACAUUUCACUUAAAAUGUGAUAUUUUUCUUUAGGAAAGACGAUGUUGAGGGGGAGUUUUCAUUACGUAGUUUAAUGUUACAUGUCCACAAAUUUAUAUAAGAUUUACCAAACUUUUAUAAUCCAUGUGAUGUACAUUGUGUCAUGUUCCAAUUCUAAAAUCUUGGUGUUGAUAAGAUUCGUUUAAUCUGUCGGUUUUUAGCGUAUCUUUAAGGCCGUACAGUUUUCAAUUCAAAUUUUUACUAAGACUGCACAUUUGCCUUCCAAUAUACACAAACGUGAAAUUUAUUACGCCAUUUGCAAGUACAAUCAGUUUUUUGUGGAAUGUUUUACUACUUUUCUUGUUUUUAUGAUAAGUAUAUUAAAGUACAAAUUAUUUAAGAAUUCUUUUGCUUAGAACAAAGGCCUAAAUAAGUGUUACUUGUACGUAGCUUAGUCAGUUUUGUAACUCUCGUCUUAUUGUUAAAUUCAAUAAAGCACUUGAAAACUCAAA